AUCGUGUGCUUUAUUUAGAAAUGUUCUUUUUUGCGCCACCAUCAUACAAAUGCGUGUUGCACAACUCAAGCAGACAAUAUAUAAAAAGAACAGAAUCAUUUUUAUUUUAACGAUAUUUUAUAAACCUUUUUCCACUUAAUAUAUAUAUCCUGAUGGAAUUCAUUAUCAGUACUGAUACAGCUGGCGACGAAGAGUUCGAAAUGGCUGCUGGAGUAUGCCCAAUAAAAAAUAUUGUGGCCGUAAAUGGUGUUGAUUUACAAUAUACUAUUGCAUGCGUAGAUAAUGCCAGUAAACUAAAUCAAGUUAGGGUAGAAUGUCCGUAUAUUGAACCAAGAAUGUUUACAUCUGCCAUUGAUAAUUGCCAAACUCUCGAGACCUUUAUGGUGGCCCAAGCUAGUAGCUUUCCUUUUUCCACUUCAAACCGUUGCCUUGUUCAGUGUGGUCCUUAUACACCUAUGAUUAGUCAAGCAAAUACAACAGCGAACACGGGAUUUCCUCUUAUCAUUGGUUUUUUACUGUUUCUCGUAUUUUUGUCUCUUAAAAAGUAGACACUAUAAUAUACCAAUAAAACUUAAC